GGGAUCCGAUGGCCUGUGCUGUCAAGCUAGCUGACGUUAGCUAGCUCAGUGUAGACUUAUCGGAGCGCCUCACAGAGUGACAGGGCUCGAUGGGAAAUAGCCUGGAUGUAAUUUCUCACAAUCGAAAUGACUAGCUACCAGUACACGCUAAUGUUAGCUAACGUUAGCUAAGUAAACUUUCCGGUUGAAGCUCGGUUACGGGUUAUUUCACCCGUCACUAGCAUAGCUUUCUAGCUAACAUGAUGCUGUGUAGUCCAAGGCUAACUUUAGCCACAAUACACAUGUAACGUGAGGUUAGGUGUCAUGUCCUUAGCUGUUGGCACCAAAUCAGGAUACAAGUUUUUCUCCCUGUCCUCUGUGGACAAAUUGGAGCAGAUAUAUGAAUGUACGGAUACGGAGGAUGUGUGUAUUGUGGAGCGUCUGUUCUCCAGCAGCCUGGUGGCCAUCGUCAGCCUGAAGGCCCCCAGGAAGCUCAAAGUCUGUCACUUCAAGAAGGGAACCGAGAUCUGCAACUACUCCUAUUCCAACACUAUACUGGCUGUCAAGCUCAACAGACAGAGGCUGAUUGUGUGUCUGGAGGAGUCACUUUACAUUCACAACAUCCGAGACAUGAAAGUGCUGCACACUAUCAGAGAAACUCCACCCAACCCUUCAGGAUUGUGCGCCCUUUCCAUCAGCAAUGAUAACUGUUACCUGGCUUACCCUGGCAGUGCUACGAUAGGAGAAGUUCAGGUGUUUGACACCGUCAACCUGCGAGCGGCUAAUAUGAUUCCAGCCCACGACAGCCCAUUAGCGGCUCUGGCUUUCGACGCCAGCGGAACCAAACUGGCCACGGCCUCGGAGAAGGGCACAGUCAUCCGUGUCUUCUCAAUCCCGGAGGGACAGAAGCUCUUUGAGUUUCGAAGAGGAGUCAAGAGGUGUGUUAGCAUCUGCUCGUUGGCGUUCAGCAUGGAAGGCCUGUACCUGUCGGCCUCCAGCAACACAGAGACUGUCCAUAUCUUCAAAUUAGAGACACAGAAGGAGAAGUAUGUGCCAGCAGAGGAGCCCACCACAUGGGGAGGGUACCUGGGCAAGGUCCUGAUGGCGUCCACCACCUACCUGCCUUCUCAGGUUACGGAAAUGUUCACCCAGGGGCGAGCCUUCGCCACUGUGCGUCUGCCCUUCUGCGGACAUAAGAACAUCUGCGCCUUAGCUGUGAUUCAGAAGAUUCCCAGGUUGUUGGUGGCCGCAUCAGAUGGUUACCUGUAUCUGUACAACCUGGAUCCACAAGAGGGAGGGGAAUGCACACUUAUGAAGCAGCACAGGUUAGACGGCAGCGCUGAGCCAGCCAAUGAGAUUCUGGAGCAGUCUCAUGACCGCCCCCUCGUGGCCCAAACCUACAGUGCUGCUGUCCCCAAAGGUUACUGCGAAGAGCAGGGCGCCGUGGGAGGGGCGGGGCUAGAAGAUGACCUCAACGACUUGCGCUUAGAGGAAGAGAACGAGCAACCGCCGCUCAUCCUUGAAACUGACUGACUUAACGGACGGCUGUACCCACCAAUCAGAGGGCUCCUCUGGUGCUGCUAUGAACAUGUGACACAAGGGGGGCAGGAGCAGGAUCAGAGACAGGGGUGUUUUUUAAAAACGCUCAAAGCGUUCAAGAGCCUGUCUUGUCAGUCUUAUCUUUGGGUUUGUCUGUUCACAUACAUCUUGACCCUUUUUUCUCCCUCCUUCCACUACUACCUUUUCCCUCAGUUUGCCCGCGCGGGCCAAACUAACGCUUUGCAUGUACAUGUGCCAACUGCUAAAAACAUGCUCCAAUGUGAAAACGAGUAUCUGUGAGUGUGUGUGUGAGUGUGUUGGACGUUUGAUUUAAAAAAAAGAAAAAAGUAGCUGUGUCUCCAUUUAAGACACACAGACGCAAGCACUGUGUAAACAUGAAAGUGAUCGUGUAAGUGCCUCUCUGCUCCAGUGUCAUGGUUUCUUCUGUUUUGAGAGGAGGAGCUCUUUGCAUUGGCUUAAUAAAAUCUAUUUUCAGUUGUCGGAUCUUAAUCGAGGGUGUGUACUAUCUUGGCUAACCCUUUCCUCCCUCACGUACAGUCACACAGUGUCCUGCGAAGAGUGUGGCAUCACUCAUCUGGCUCAAGUUCACCCUCCAAAGAAUGUUUUAGAAGCCUUUGGCGUGAGGCAGAGGUGUUUGCGAAGAGUUUGUGUGAUUGUGCUGAGAGCUCAUUUGUGUGUGGGUGUGUGUGUGGGUUUGCUGGGCAUGUACAUUAGCAAAACACAGAGUAAUUAGUCUCUACUUGUCCCCCCAGUUCACUUUUACCUCAUCCAAACAGGCUCAGUGGACCUUCCUGCCCUCUUCCUCCAUCCCCCAUCCCCCUGCCGCCCCCUUCAAGGCCUGCAACCAUUGGUUGAUUUUACUCUGAUAUUAACGCUCUUUUAAACCUACAUAAUCAUAACCAAUGAUGUGUCAUGCGUAAGAAAACAUGCAUGGUGUUGUUGAUGUGGUACUUUGUCCAUACAUCAAAGACAUUUGGCUGCUGAGGAUCACUUAGCAGAUCAGUUGAGAAAGGCAGGAGGCUGUCAGUGAUUUGUCUUCAAUGACAGCCUCCUUGUGCGACUCACCCCCACUGUAUCUCUACUCUGUACAUUGCUAGAUGUGGAAAGAUAUCACUGUACCAUAUUGUCAGGUUAUGACCGUGGCUUCAAGAUCUUACACACUGGGAUAAGUGAGUGAACUGUGGAUUAUAAUUUGAUCGAUCUGGAGCUCAGGCUGAGCCUCAGCGGGUCCAGGAUGCUGCAUGAUUCCCCACUAAUCCUUCUGGUGUCGGAAGACGCUAAACGAGGACCAGCCAUGGGAUUGUCAGAUGUUUUCUAAUGAUUUUGUAAAAAAUGUGAAACGUUCAUCCGAAACUAAAAUGAAAAUAAAUUCCAUGUUGAUGUAUGA